GCACUAUAGCAACGCCCGGCGCCCGGCGCCGCCUCCUCCCCAACGCGUCCUCCCGUCGAGCGCCACCGCACUGUUUCCUCGCCGUCGCGCGCCACCGCUGCUCUCCCGUCCGCCUUCACCAUACGCUGCCGGCCGUACCAACCCUGCUCCUAACCGUCUCCAGGAUUCCUUCGCGGGCGCCGCGGGCCGUCUUCUGGAAGCGGAUCGGAGGCGGCGAGCGGGCGGGGAAAGCGGCGGCCAGAGGAGAUGCUCAAGUUCCUGUCCAGGGUUGUGGUGGAGUACAAUCCGCUGGACCCGCGCAAGGCGGCGGCCGUGGAGCUCCUCGCGCAGUGCAACGGCCGCAAGGCCAAGGACUCCAACCCCACCUGCUCCGUCGAGCUUCGGCGCCUGCCCUCCCCGGCCGCGGCCGAGGACCCCAAGGCCCAACCGCCCCCGCGCGUCCUCGUCACCUACCUCAACGGCGCCGAGGAGGCCUUCGUCGCCGCCGACGGCGCCACCGCGCAGGGCAUGCGCGACCAGAUCCUCGCCCGCGGCCGCCUCCUCGAGACCGAGCAGCUCUUCCGCGAGGCCGGGGAGAAGUGGCCCGUCGUCAUCCCCGAGGAGGAGCUCGGCAUGUCAUUCCCCGGCAUCAAGGUGAUUAUAUAGCUGGUCUGCAAUUAUUGCUCAUUUCAUUGAGUACCAACGAACAUCCAAAGAAAGCCGAGGAGAAGCCCCAGGCUUCGUGAUCCAGGCAGAGCUCUUUCAGUCUGGUGUGGUUAACUAGCAGUACAUCUGUUCUCUCGCAUUUGGGAGCUUGUCUUGAGGUCUUCAUUGACUGACUAGUUCAGGUUCAGGGCAUGUCCCUUGUUCUUUUCUCUUUUCUCGGAACAUGCUAUGCCGAGUAGCCCAUUGGUGUUGAUUUUACAACCCUGUUCUGAACGAUCAACUGUGAACCAAUUUAUUCAGAAUAAGUUUGCUCUCUGCUCUUGUAGCGGUAUUCA